UGGUUAACAACCUCCAUAAACCCUAAUUACUUCCGCCACUCUUUUUUACUUGGUUGCUAGCUAAAAAGAUGGGAAGCGACACCGAAGCAGAGAAGUCGAUUCAAAAGGAGAAUAAGAAGAAGGUUAUCUCUCUUGCCCCUAUCGCUAAACCUCUCGCCGGCAAAAAGCUACAGAAGAGAACAUUUAAACUCAUUCAAAAAGCUGCUGGAAACAAAUGCUUGAAGAGAGGCGUCAAGGAAGUUGUCAAGAGCAUAAGACGUGGCCAGAAAGGAUUAUGUGUUAUAGCUGGAAACAUAUCUCCCAUUGAUGUGAUUACCCAUCUUCCAGUCUUGUGUGAAGAAGCUGGUGUUCCAUACGUCUACGUUCCAUCUAAAGAAGAUCUCGCGCAAGCCGGGGCAACAAAACGACCCACUUGUUGUGUCUUGGUCAUGCUUAAACCGGCCAAAGGUGAACUAAGCGCGGAAGAUCUUAAACAGCUGAAGACAGACUACGAACAAGUCUCUGACGAUGUUAAAGAGCUUUCAACUUCAGUAAUCUGAUUAGGCACUAGAAUCAAAGAAACACAUGUUGCGCCUUAUAGUGGCACACAUGUUGUGCCUUAUAGUGGCUAAUUUGGUAUUGAAUAUGAUGAGAGUGAUUAAGGCCCCCUUAUAAUGAUUUUUGGGUUUUGUACUAGCGAUUGUAAUUUAGGAUCAUAAAACAUUGUUUCUUUCUAUCAAGUGAUGUUUGAUU